UUCCCGUCCUUUCUAGAGCCGGGAGCCACUCGCCGCUGCGCUCGGCUCCAGCGGAGUCACUCGUGCGCGCGACGCCGACCGGAGAGGAGGGACACGCGUCGCGGUCCGCUCACACCGCCGGGAGCGAGAAGCGACUCUCAAAACGAUAACAGAGAGCGUCGGACGCGCGACCUCGCACGCGCUUCGAACGGAGUCCGUUUCGCGAGAGAGCAAGAGAGAAAGAGGAAGAGGGGAAGAGGGGAAGGGAGGAUUAACGAGUGCACCUCGAGGAGAAAGGAGAGAAUAAGAGAGAGGGAUAGAGGAAGUCGCCGAAGAGAGUGACAAAGAGUUCGACCAUCGCGGUGUUACGGCAUCGAGGAGGGAUCCCGGCGUAAGCAAAAACGAAAACAUCGGGGCAUUCCCCGGGCGAGGAUCGACGCGAGUGUUCCCAAGAGGGAGCGAGAAAGAAGAAGGAAGGCAACGACAAAGGGUCCACUGUCCGGUUCCACGUUUCGCGUUCCUCCGCCUUCGGCCUCGUGGCCUCGAGCCGCACCUGCGUGCCCGCCGUGAGCGCGAGAGAGACAGUCUCGACUCAGCCGCCGCGGUGGGAGGUAGAUCGAGAGAGGGGGGAGCCUCGUCGAAAACAAUACAAAGAAACUGCGCGUGCGCGCGGACGCAGCCACUAGAGCCGCGGGCGCUGCCGGCUCAUUCAAGCCGACUCAGCCGCCGGAGUCGCGCGCGUCCCAGGUUGCGAUUGGUCGAGACAGGGAGACCCGCAUCCGCUCCAGGGGAAAAUUAGGGUUGGGAUUGGCCGAUGCGGGCAGACGGGCGCCACGCCAUUGGGUGACUCACUCGGCGCCCCCUACCCUCCGCGCGACACACGGCGAGCGCCCUCUCGCGCGUGGGUGUAUAAAUACGCGCGAGGCGUGCGCGCCGUCGAGGAAAACAGAACAACGUGAGCAGUGGGCCGCGCGCGGCAGAGAGACGCGGAGGUACGAAGAGAGAGAGAAAGAGAGAGAAAGCCCAUCGAGCGGCCGCCGUGCAGGGAAGGAAAGAGGAGGAGGGUCCGGCGAAUAGGUUAGGUGGCCGAGUCCUUUCCUUUGUCUCUGGGUCCUUUGUGUCGGCGUCGUCGUCCCCAGGGCGGCCUUCCGGCCGGGUCCAGGAGCUGCCCGCUUGAUGAGCGACGCGAUGCCGAGCGCCGCGGAGCGUCGCGCGUACCUCGAGGCGGUGCCCAAGACCGAGCGGAACUCCUACGAGAGAGAGGUCGAGCUGAUGGUGGCGCAGGUCACGGAGAAGCUGCGGCUGAAGGCCAAAUCUUCGGCCUCGCAACAGAGCCGGCCGAGUCCGUACCAGAGGCUGGGGGCUUCCAAGGUCCCGACGUCCAGCGAAAAGAGGAUGUGCCGGCUCAUCUACGCCCCGGAACCGGAGCGCCACCGCGCCGAGCACCGGAGGAAGGGCCGCGUCGAGGAAGAGGACGACCCCUACGAGGUGCUCCGCGAGCUGCUGCGGAAGGGCGCCCUCAUCAAGGAGGCCGCCAUGAGAGUGCUCAACGACUUCGACGAGGAGCAAGAGGAUUCGGAGGGGGAGGUCAGGAUCGACCUGACUCCGGUCUACCGGAGGAAGCGGAACUUCAACGAGCCCGAGGAGGAGCCGCUGACCUCGGUGUUCCAGACCCUCAAGCUGUGAGACCGGCCGCCGGGGGAGCCUCCCUCGGGACGUCGACGGACUCCUCGGAACCCUGCUCAGGGCCCCUAGGCGAGGUCAAGCUCUCGAGGUCGCCGUCGGCGAGCGCACCCGAUUGGAGCGAAGAGGGACACCUUCUCGAAGCAUCGACGGGAGCGAGCGGAAGAGACCCUAGCCGACCGUUCCACCUGACGCGAGGGACACACCUGACGAUGUCAGCGAGGAGGCCCUCUGCACCUGCCGGCGAGGUCGUCCUCGCGGCCACGCGCUCCCUCGGAGUGACCGAUCGUCACGGGAGCGAUCCAUUAAGACGUACGUACGUUCGUGUACAUCGUACUGGACUGCUGAAAACGAGUUACAUCUCGCGUGGAUACGUCACCGCCCUAAGUACUACUACUAGUACUCGGUCCUGGUGCAAGGACGCGCACGUGAUACGCGUCCAAGGCGGACCGUGAACCAGUUGCGCCGCGGAGUCGUCGAGUCGCUGAUGAAAUUCCGUCUAGCGAGGGUUACGCUGCCGAUCGGUGACGCAUCUCGUCGCGGACCGGUUACGAGAGGGGCUGACGAAAUUCCGACGAAGUGCACGUAUCCUCGCGCGCGGGCGCGCCGCCACGCGGCGGCCGGCGUAAUCGGGCAGGAACUCUCCCCGUACAUGGCGGUGUUUGUAAAUACGGGCCGUGUUGUUAUUGGAUUCGGCGGCGGCCGCCGUGCCUCGCCUCGGCUCGGCUCGGCUCGGCUCGACUCGGCCGUUCUCGGGUCCCCUCGGCUCCGCUAUCGACGAUUGGCCCGGCUUACGUGGAAGAGUAAUGGCCGCCGAGCCGCGCGGGAGAGUCGACCGACGAGAUGCCAGCUGCCGGCCCAGAUGUGUAUGCGCGUGCGUGUGUAGAUGACGCACACUGUCGCGCCGUUUGCUUACAUACCUACUUGCUCGUCAUGUGCGCAAGGAGAGCUCCGUGUACACCCUACUCCUCGUCGUCGUGACGACUACAGAUACGCCGUGGAUGCGGGAGGGGAUCUCUGUCUCGCGACAAUGCGCGACCCCCGAGAAGGGGGGUAUGGGAAGACGAGAGGCGGAUCUUCCCUCGGUGAUAUCUAGAUAUCGAAUUGUAUAACUCUUGGAGGGCCCAUUUCCCGUGCACCGGCUGUGCCGUGCGUGUAUUCGGCGCGGAUUAUCGAAUCCUUAGGGAAUGGGUGUGAAUAUCCGAGUGAAGAGAAAUUGACUUUAUUUUUCGUUAGGUUUUUCAGGUCCUUGCGGGUCGUCGCGUGACCCCCCCCGUCUCCGGACUGGGAAGGAAAACAAACAUGGCGGCGCCGCGCUUAUUCCGGCUUAUCGCUCGGUCUCUUAUAUCCCCCCUCUCCGUGCCCCGCUACUUGUGUUUAUUUAACGAUGCACAAAUACCUGAUCGCGCUUCUUGAGACGUAUAUAUCUAGGUUAUCCUCUGUCGGAGAGGUUAUGUCCGGUUUCUUCUUUUUUUUUUUUCUGGCUUUCCACUUUAUUUCUAAUCUAAGGAGAGCUUGCUGGAGAGGGGUCGAGACUCUGCCGAAAUCUGGACGCGGGUUUGGGAAUUUCCGCGAUGGUUACGCGAGAACCGCUCAUGGAAGAUCGAUUACGUAAAGCGUGUACGCGCGCGCCGGGCUCCGGUCGCACGGUUACCCCCUCCCCGUGGCUAGACCGGGUAAACACGAAAUAUCAAUAGAGAGCGCGCGCGCGAUUAGUGGCCCGGAGCGAGGAGGACAGCGCUACGCGCCGUGAGAGGGGGCGAGAGAGACGGAGCGAGCCCCCGGACAACGGCGGCUUAUCCUCCUGGCCCGGACAUGCUGGCGCAUUCUUCGCGAACGAUCCUCGAUCGAUCGUCGAUAUUGCGCGUCGUGUACAUCAUCGUCUCCUACAUGCGAAACUUCCCUCGUGCGUGCACCUUGCUUGAUUUUCCCUACUGAGACAUGAACCACCAAAGUAUGGAAAUUAGAGGUUAGCGAUGCAUCGAAAUGAGAAAAGAGUAUCGAUGCGACAUCGACUUGGAGGGAAAUCGAGAGGCGCAGGAGGGACUUUUCACUGUGUAGGGUAGAAUUUAUCGGCGAUGAGGAACGAGGGACAGACCCAAGGAGGACGGAACAAAGCUCGGAGUAUAUUAGAAAUUAGGUUGUUCCCGGUGGGAGGUUAGGAAAAAGGGGGAGAAAAUGAUACGAAAUAAUGCGCGUUAUGACUGUAUAAAGUGACGAGGCGCGGAUUCUACUAGAGGCGAGCGGGGAGACAGGGCCUGUACGAUGAUUAAAUAGCUUUACAUUUUCGCUGUGCAUGUUUUAGUGCAUAGUUAUUUAUGGAUAAUAAUCGCUAAGAAUACGUUGGUGUAAUGACGUUGUAAGCGCCUGCAAUUCGUAUAUUCGUGAGGAACUCGUCGCCCGUGGUUUGUCGGCCUUUAAGAAGGUGACCUUGCCACGAAGCUAACUCCCUGGAAAAGACGCGCGACCCUAAGUUAUGAUCUUUCCCGACAGACGCGAGAGAUGAUUUAUUUACCCAUCGCGCUAAAACGCGAUUUCUUACACUACGUAAAAAAAAAGAAAAAGAAAAAAAACGAAGCCCUUUUUUCCCUAAAGUGGCGGAAAGGACGAGAAACGGGUGACGAGUUGUUUACGACGCGCGGCGCGGGAGGAAGUAAUCGACGCGUCGGUUAGAAAGAGAAAAGAGUGAUUCAUUUUCGGCACGUCGCACCGCGGGGGCUGGAGAAAUUGCGGGAGAGAGAGAGAAAGGGGGACAGCGCGUCGUGGCGUCACUCGGAGAAACAGCGGCUGCGACAGAUCGAUAUUUAUAAAGGCGGUGAAUUUUUAGCUGCCCCCUUCUCGCCCUUGCGGUGUGCUCGUGGUGUCAUAAAAACACGUCCUACAUAGUGUAUAGUUUAAAAAAGCAAGUAUUUGCGUACCUAUUCCGAGCGCGAGGGAGAGAGAAGAGUCUCGCGAGUAGCACUACAGAGAGCGAGCGUGUGAUAACGAUAUAACGCGAGGCGACUACCUGAGGGGACGCCGGGCGGCCGCGUUCGAUUUCCGUUGGACCGGCCAAUGGCGCGGCCGCUACAUCGGAAGCGACACCGGUCACCGCGGGAAUCCAACAUGGCGGCCCGACGUCGCCGGCCGAAUGCGCGACUCGAAGUCAGUCCUUAUGUUUUUCUAUGAGGCAGGAUGUCCUUUUUUUUUUCUAGUUAGUCGUUAAAGCAAGACUCAAGGAAAUUACAAAGUAUAUCUCGUUGUGAUCGCCGGGUCCACCGGCUAAUCCGAUUUAAAAUAAAUGGAAACGAAGGUUUCGAGAAUCGA